GCGCAAGUCGGAGGGAGGCGAUCCGAUUUGUCCUAAGCGGGGCGGGGAUGGCGUUGUGGCCGUCGCGCUCCCGUGAUUUGCGCCCGGGGCUGGAGGAACAGCCGCCUCAGCCAAACGCGCAGAUUUAUAAUGAUGGGGUUGAACUGGCUUGUCAGCAACAAAAGGAAUUUGUGAAGAAUUCUGUGGAAUGCAAAUGGAAUUUAGCAGAAGCCCAGCAGAAACUUGGCAAUUUAGCAUUACACAAUUCAGAGUCUCUAGACCAGGAACAUGCCAAAGCACAGACUGAAGUUACCGAGCUGAGAUGGAGGGAAGAAGAGUGGCGGCGGAAGGAGGAAGUGCUACGUCAAAAAGAAAGACAGGAUCAGUGGAACACAGAUUUUGUUAGCAAGGAGGUAUUCAAUAAGAGCUUUAUUAAUCUAAAGAAAAGGAAAGAAAUGGAAGAUGAUGCAUCUAAAUCAUUCAUGCAGAAGCAUGAGCAGAAGAUUAGGCAUUUUGGUAUGUUAAGCAGAUGGUUUGACAGUCAGAGAUUUCUCUCUGAUCACCCAUACCUUGUCUGUGAAGAAACAGCUCAAUAUCUUCUUUUAUGGUGUUUCCAUCUAGAAGCAGAACAGAAAGGCGCUCUGAUGGAACAAGUCGCUCACCAAGCAGUAGUGAUGCAAUUUAUUAUUGAAAUGGCCAAAAGCUGUAAUGUGGAUCCACGAGGAUGUUUCCGUCUAUUUUUCCAAAGAGCUAAAACAGGGGAAGAAGGCUACUUGGAGGCUUUUAAAAAUGAACUUGAAGCAUUUAAAUCGAGAGUGAGGAUUUGUUCGCAGUCACAGAACUUUCAAGCUAUGCCUGUUCAGAAUCCUUGGUUUCAUAUGGAUCUGAAUUGUAUAGGCGGGCUUGCGUCUUCUCCACAGAAUGCAGAUUCACUUCAGGGCUGCAGUUUAAACUCAGUAGUACACAGAGAUGAGGAUGAACCCAAAAUGAUGGAUACAGUAUAGGACUCCUAAGACUGAGCCCAAGUACUCUUAUUUCAAAGAGAACAAUGUGGUGACUUCCUUGAGACUUACUUUUAUGGGUGCUGCACUUUAUUUUAAGUGUUUUUGGGAGAAAGGGUAAUCCAGAAACACACUUCUUUUUAUUUAGAAAAUGUGCUGCUAUGGUUUUUUUUAGGAGAGGGGAAUUCAUAUAUGUUGCUGAAUGUGAAACUGGAUGUUUUUCUGCUACUACUAAACCUUGCCUUUUUAAUUUUAGGAAUCAAAGUAUGAAAAAGAGUCUGCAAAGGUGCAGUGUUUACAAUUGGUUAAUUCUUGGAGGAAUCUGCUUUAAUCUUAUUAUAUAUGGCCAUGUCUCACUCUGGAUUCUGGAGAUCAUCGUAAUGCGUUCUAUUGCUUGUAUAGUAGGCGCUCAAAUCGGAUUUUAUCAUGAAUGGCAACAGAUCAGUGGUUGCUAUCAACAUUGUAUAUCUGGGUGGAACAGAUAAAAACACUGGCCUUUUAACUCUACUACAGGGAUGUUUGUUUGUUUUCUGCAUUUGGACAAAGGCCGUUUAUAUUUUAACAUUUGUGUAUCUUGAUAUGUAAGUGGCCACAACUGGCUAGAAUAGAUUUGUAAACAGUAUUUUCUAGAGGCACACUCACAGAAAACCUAGCUUUACAUGACCCCUGAAAGAAGGAAUCUAACAAACAUGGUGAGUGUUUGGAAUGAAGAGAAAUCACUGCUACUUGAUUAUUUUAUGGUAAUGUCUUUAACAUGAGCAUUUAAAGAAACACAGGUGCCAAAUUUUGACUGAACCUCUGUUUUCAAUUAAAUCUUGUCAGUGUGAAGCUUAAAGUAUUCUAAUUUGGUAGGUUGUUGAGUGCCUUGAGGCAAAUCAUCAGCUUACUAUUUUAAAACCAAAAUAUUUUCAAUAGCUAAGGAGUUACGUUGACCUGGUGUUGGUUCCAGUAUGUCAUCAAUAUAGAACAAACUCUGUUAACUUUUUGCUAUAGCUUAUGUGACACCAGAAGUAUAGAACACAAUCCCCACCCACAACUUGCACUGCUUCCACAGAAAACAUCAUUGAUGUAGGGGUAUGUGUGUGAGUAAACAUAAAUGCAUUGUUGUUGUUUUCUACCAGUGCACAGCUGCAUUUUGGGUUGCUCAUUUUAGGUUGCCCCAGAAGCACUAAAAGAUCAUUUCUCAAGUGUAAGGGGCCAUUUGCACAUCAGAAUUGCAAUGCAUCAUUUGCACAAUUGGCUGGGGAGUAAGCAGCCGAUUGGAUUCUGCCCACAGGUUCAUAACUUCCUUUCCACCAUCAGUUUGGUUUAAAGAACUGCUCUCAUUGCUGUGCUUAGUUAACAACUGCUCAAGAGGAGCAGUGCUAAUAUGUUACUCAUAACCUGUGUGUCUCAAGCCCUGAAACAUCUUGGGUUGUAUCAGUCCUGCAAUCAGGAAGAAGGGUUCUCUUCAUUUGGCUCUGUCCCCUUGUUGCUACUGUACCUAAUAAUCAGGACAAAACAUCUAAGCCUUUUGCUAAAUUCCUAAGAAAAAAUAAAUAUGCACAGGGUAGAUUUGUAUGUGCCCAAUUAGGGCAUUAUUGUCUUCCCACAGCUAAACAACUGAAAUUUAAGCAAAGUAAACACUUUCCCCAGUAAUUUCUUUAGAUAUUGGUCUAUGUACAGAACAUAAUUUAAUCUGUAAGGUUCUCUGGUCAUAAACCAUAUUCUUUUGGGAGUGACCUAGAAUUUACAAAGGAAGGGGAGCACUUAUUUUCUUAGAUGCGACAGCUGUUAAGCCCACUGUACUGCUGUAGAAGUCUCAGAAGGUUGUUGAGAUUGUGAGUUAUUAAUGACAGAAUCAUGACUAGCCUUUUUACAUUUUAUGUCGAAACAAUAGUAGAGUCCUUAAUGCCUAAACCAGAAGGGAAGAUGGUCAAAAGUAUAAAUGAGUCUUUGGGGACUCCAUAAAAAUAACUUUGAAUGUUUGCAUGCAGGAGGUUCUUCCAUGUACAGGAUGGUAUUUUGGAUAGUAGGUCAUUGAAUAAACUUUUGUGUAUAUUAAAUAAAACUUCUAAAAAUUUAUAUUGCCAAAUUGUAUGUCCCAGAGUUCUUGGAGUGUUCUGGGCAGGAGCAGAAAACCUCCAGCAAGGUAUUAGCCAUAUUAGAAUCUGUUGAUCUGCUGCCAGUGGAAUAUAGCGUUGGAUCCCAUUUAUUUCAAUGGGUCUAUUAUAAGCAUGACUAAGUCUGGAUCCAACCUGUAGAUCCAUGCAAAAGACAAAUCAGAUGGGCCUUGUUAAUAAUCAGUUGUAUAGCUGUAAGUAAUCAUAUUGGCAGACAAAUUUGCACAACUUAUUUUUGUAGCUGAAUUUGGAAAGUGUGAUACUAUUUUUUGAUAUUGCUUGGAGAAGAGAGGCUUCUGCUCACAGAAUAAUACAAGGCUAUAGGCAUGUCUUGAGAGGACACGAUGAAAGCCUGAGAGGCACCACGUCUUGCAUUUCCUUAUAAUCAUGAAUUCAACAAUAUUUUUAAAUGAGAGCUUACAUUGUAACGAGAUCUAGAAGUCAUGGUUUCUCUUAGAGGCCACCUUUUACGUUCUUGAACAUUGUAGCUUCUGUAUCUAUUUCUAGGAGCUUUCCAAAGAAAUUGCAAAAAUGUCCAGGUGAGCUUUUCUGGUUGGGAAUAGAGGCAGGACCACCAAAGUCUUCAUAGAUUAAUCUAACUGAGAAUAUACAAACAAAAAAAUGAAGCGAACAGGGUCCUGCAGAGAAGGAAGCUCUAGAUGAUCCAAGCAAAUGGUUAAAAAACCCUCUUAGCCAAAUAUAACUACUCUGAGUUUUAUUCACGUUAUUUAUUCAAGUUAUUUGUUCCAUAACUUGAAUAUAACAAUUGAGGCCUGUGAAGCAAAACCAGUCUUAUGUCCGUUUCCAAAGUAAAUGUUUACUGGGAUGAAAGGUCAUUCUACCUGGAAUCCGCUCUAAAUGAGAUAUUUUCUUUUGCUGUCCCAAAAGAAGAUGGUAAAACGAGCUUUUAGAUGGAAAAAAAACUAUUUUCUACACUAAGGAGCUAGAUACCAAGGCAAAGAGUAAAAAUCAGAUCCAUUUAUUUUUCCAAUUUAAACCUCUGCGGUUCUUUGUUCUCUAGCUGUUAUACAGACACCAUUUCAGAAUCUGACAUCAUAAACUCUCAUUCUGGUUGCCACCCUAAUACAUUAAAUGUUAUAGAGAGAAGGGAAAACUGGUCCUAGUAUUAAAUAGGAACUGUAGUUUCCUCUUUCAACAUAAAAGAUCAGACUUUGCCUAACGAUUUCUCAGGCCAGGAAAUCGAGGCUCUUUGCUUUACGGUCAUUUUGUAUUGGGAGCAAUGUUAAAGAAACAAAGGUAUGUAGUGUUUCCUUGAUUGCUAUGCUGCAAUCCUUGUUAAGUUGCAUGGGACUUCCCACUUUCCCUAUGCAAGCCUCAUUGAGAUAAAUGGCAUUUUCUCAAAUCCAAAGAUUGCAUUCUUGGAAGGAAACAUAGAAUAGUAGAGUUAGAAGGGGCCUAUAAGGCCAUCGAGUCCAAUCCCCUGCUCAAUGCAGGAAUCCACCCUAAAGCAUCCCUGACAGAUGGUUGUCCAGCUGCCUCUUGAAUGCCUCUAGUAUGGGAGAGCCCACAACCUCCCUAGGUAAUUGGUUCCAUUGCCAUGCUGCUCUAACAGUCUGGAAGUUUUUCCUGAUGUCCAGCCGGCAUCUGGCUUCUUAUAACAAGCCCAUUAUUCCGUGUCCUACACUCUGGGAUGAUUGAGAAGACGUCCUGGCCCUCCUCCGUGUAACAACCUUUAAAGUAUUUGAAGAGUGCUGUCAUGUCUCCCCUCAAUCUUCUCUUCUCAAGGCUAAACAUGCCCAGUUCUCAAAGUCUCUCCUCAUAGAGUUUUGUUUCCAAACCCCUGAUCAUACUCAUUGCUCUCCUCUGAAUCCCCUCCAGCUUGUCUGCAUCCUUCCUGAAGUGUGGUGCCCAGUCCAGGGAAAUACCUAAGAUGAGGCCUAACCAGUGCCGAAUAGAGGGGAACCAGUACCCCAUGUGAUUUGGAAGCUGUACUUCUAUCAAUGCAGCCCAAAAUAGCAUUUGCUUUUAUGCAGCCACAUCACACUGUUGGCUCAUACUCAGUUUGUGAUCUACAACAAUUCCAGGAUCCUUCUCACUUGUAGAAUUGCUGAGCCAAGUAACCCCAAUCUUGUAGCUCUGCAUUUGGUUUCUUUUUCCUAGGUGUAGAACUUGGCAUUUAUCUCUAUUAAAUUUAAUUCUGUUGUUUUCAGCCCAGCACUCCAGCCUAUCAAUAUCACUUUGAAGUUUGUUUCUGUCUUCCAGGGUAUUAGCUGCCCCACCCAAUUUUGUGUCAUCUGCAGAUUUGUCCAAAUCAUUAAUAAAAAUGUUGAAGAGUACUGGGCCCAGGACUGAGCCCUGCAGUGCACCACUCAUCACCUCCCCCCAGUUUGAGAAGGUACCAUUGAAAAUCACUUCAACUAAACAUGAAUAGAUUCAGCUGUAGGUCUGUUAGGUUUCUAAAGGAAAUUGCAUGAGAGAAGAUGAAAAAGUUUAUAUAAUGUUACAAAUGGUGUGGGGAAAGUUAGUGACCAAAUUCAAAUCUUUGGUAGAAUUCUUGAUGUGGCAAUAGGUUUAUAACAGAGGAAUUUGUUAAAAUAAAUGUAGAGAUAUACAUAUUUUGCAAUUUUAAAAAGGUCAAUAAAAGGUAUAGGGGAAAUAUCAGACUGUUGUGGUCAUUAAUAAGGCUCAUUGGCAGGGUGUCUCAAAAGCUUUAGCUACUGAAAGCUGAGAAGAAAGCAGUGAUAGGAGUAAUCUGUUGCAUUGUCUUAUAUUCUUUCAUGCUCCUAAGGGUUUGUUCUUGGACAGGAUACUGAUUAAGAUUCCUUGCAUGUCCACUCUGACAUUUUAUAUAUUGCUAUAGAUGCUGUUGGAGGAUUCACAUACUGCUCAUGUUUUAAUUCAUGGGUUUGUUAAUUUAACAUUUGCCAAUCACAGCGGUCUUUCGUAAAUGUACAAGCAGUACAUAGCAAAGGGGAGAUAAGCUGCAAAUCAUACAAAUGGGUAGCAUGAAUAUAGCUCACAUGUGCAGCAGCGAGCAAGAUUCGCAAAUACCAGUUUCCUGGAAAUUCUAGUGGAAAGUGUCGAAUGGGUUAGGAGAAAACUCUUGGUUUACAUUCUAGUCCUAAACUUGGAUGUUCAUUGAAAUCAAUGGAGUUUCCCCAGAAAUAGGCUUAUAAGUGUUGCCUUAGGACCAUUUCACACAUUAAGCAGAGGCAAACCUGGGUUUGCUGUUGAGUACAUCCAAAGAGCCGUAGUAAUCAUGGCUUCCUGAACAGUAUAACUGCAUGGGCCUGCAAACACAGUUCUGUUGCAUUCAUGCUUUGUACAUUUAAGUACACCAAUUAAAACAGGUGCAUACCUUUAAAUGUUGGUGAAAUUAGUCACAUAUCAAAAGUGUUGUAGCUUUCUCCUAACAUUGCAGGAUCAAUAGAAGAGAACAGAGCAAUCAAACAGAUGUUACAUGGAAGCCACAUGUAUUUUAUUCACAUGGUUGCCUCAUUCACAUAUAAAGUGGGGCAGAACAUCUAAUUUUUACAUGAAAUGGAGCAUGUGGGUGAAGAAAGCGACCCGUACCUUUCUCUUCUUCACCUUCUUGUGUUCUGUUACUUGAAGCAAUGUUCUCCUUCACUUAACUCACUGAGAGAAAAUUACUGGAAGGAACAGAGCAGAGUGAGGGAAGGGAAGUUGUUCUAUUCCUGUAACUUGCUUAUUCCAUUUCAUGUAAAAAUAUAGACUUCCACCCCACUUCAUAUGGGUAAACAGAUGGUUAAAGUACACGUAGCUGUUUAGUUUGGCCUGAUUUCUAGUUUGCUUGAGAUCUACAGGGAUUGUAGGUAUUUUAAUGCUUGGGGGCAAAGAGAAACAAGUAACAUGAUUCCUCUAGACAACAGUAUGGUACUUGCAUCUUCAUGUUCAUGAAAAAUGGGUUGGGGAACAAUAGAAUUCUCUUGAUGGCAAAUCUUGCUAUAGACAUAGCUGUAGGAAGCAUGAAACUGCUACAAGCUAGGACGUGUGUUACCUUACUUGGCAACAUCACUUUGCAUGAGAUGGUUUCAAACUACUAUAUUUUUGUUCUUACUUAUUGAACUGCAUCUUUUAAAAUGCUGGAAUAUGCAAUUUGCUGAAUUCCACUUCUUGUCCUAAUAUUCUUCAGUGCUCACAGUAUGACUGCUUCUGUACCAGUUGUGUUUUGUUUUGUCUAUUGUUUAUGGGAAGUUUUCUACAGAUCUUGUCUAGCCCACUGGUAGUCCAUAAGCUCCAUUUUGAUUGUCUGUGGAUAGGUUGCCACACUGUGAGAAUAUCUGUAUUUGGCCCUGUGCUUUUUUUUUUCCCCUGACGAUGGAGCUCGAGACCCUUUUGACCAGGGCAUGUACCUGUGCAAGAUGGAAUUUUAUCGCUGGCCAUACUCAUACCUAAGUACAGAAGCAGAAUGAAAAGUGUACUUGAACUGAGGCUAAAGCUGACGAAGAUUGCACCCAACUUCACAGAGCUUUGUUCAGAAAAACAGGAAUAUUCAUGCCGUUAGAAAGGCAAGUUAUUAAAAUAUGAAUUAUGUAGGUGCUUUUAAGUGGACCAGCAAUGGCCAGCAAUUUUCCAGUGGUCCUAAGGUGGGGAGGGGGUGGAGAGAUUGAGAGUGCUGAUCUAGCAAGUCAUUCUGCUUCCUGACUUCAUUAAAGAACGAGAUUCUUCUAAAGCCUUAAGAAGAGGGAAAUGUGACAAACUUCGCUUCACCUUCUGAAAUAACAUUUAUGCUAACACUGUCCCAUCUGAGUUUUGGAAAUGAAAUGUAUGUAGCUGUUAAUAAAAUGUACUUUUGCUGUAA